AAAAAAGAAAAGGUGAGUAUGGAAAUUGAGCACUCGAGAAAGGAAGAAGGGUUUCGUUUCUUCGACUUUUUUUCUUUUUCAAAUCGAAUCCAUCAAUGAGAACAUCCUGCAAUUUAAUCCAUCUCAAGAUCUAACAACCCUCGCCAUGUCUCUCUGUCAAGGUAGGUAGGUUGAUCUGAAUCUUGGAGCACUGGUUCCGUUAAUGGUGAGUCAAUUUGGUUCACGAUCAUGAUCAUCAUCUUGUGCGGGAAACAGUAGAGGCGGAGGAGGAGGAGGUCGAUUUUAUUUAUUCUCUGAUGUCUGUAGAGCUGUAGAACCGAUAUGCAGAAGAGUGGGAGUAUAAACAGAAGCGCUAAUACGGCGUCGUUGAGAGUGACGCCUCCACAGCCGCAGCUCCAGCAGUCGCUCAGGCGGCUAGGGUUGUGCUCGCCUGGAGGGGCUCAACACGCUUCCCCAAUCGUUUUUCCCGAGAAACGCAGUAAGAAAAUUAAGGCGGCAUCCAAGCGUAGCGAGGCCGUCGGUGGUGACGAUCAAUUGGAGAAAGGGAAGGGAGAUGAGCUUAGGAUUGAUGUCGGGGUGGGAGAUGAGAAGUCGGAUUUGUUGGGGUACGUGGUGUUCUCUGGGAAGCUUGUUUGGGACAAGAGAAAGUCUGUUGCUGUUCAAAAUGGCGUCAAUGGCGUCAAAGAGCAGAGUUUGAGUGAUAUUGGUAAUCAAGAGGCUGUGGAUGCCAAGCUUACUAGCAGGGCGUUGGUUUGGGGCACUCAUAUGCUGUCUCUUGACGAUGUCAUAUCGGUAUCUUAUAAUGUUGGUCUAAGGCAUUUUACAGUGCAUUCCUAUCCUUUGAAAAGGGGUUCAUGUGGACUUUCUUGUUUUAUUAAACCUCGAAGGAUUAGAAAGGACUUCCGAUUUUUGGCCACCACCCCAGAGGAUGCAGUACAUUGGGUUGGUGGAUUUGCUGACCAGCAGUGUUUCGUAAAUUGUCUGCCGCAUCCUUUGCUAUUUUCAAAGAAGCAGGCUUCUUCGGAAUUACUUCCAAUUGAUACUCCUCCUGAACUGAUUUUUAAGUGCAAGAGUCCGCCGAAGAUGCUUGUGAUAUUAAACCCACGCUCAGGACGUGGUCGUUCAAGUAAAGUUUUUCAUGGCAUCGUUGAACCAAUCCUUAAGCUUGCUGGUUUUAAAUUGGAGGUUGUCAAUACAACAUCGGCAGGCCAUGCAAAAAAUCUUGCAUCAAGUGUUGACAUUAGCGUGUGCCCUGAUGGGAUUAUAUGUGUUGGAGGGGAUGGAAUAAUCAAUGAGGUGUUAAAUGGUCUACUUAGUAGACCUAACCAGAAAGAAGGAAUAUCUAUACCAAUUGGAAUUAUACCAGCUGGUUCUGAUAAUUCUCUAGCAUGGACUGUUUUGGGAGUUAAAGAUCCAGUCACUGCUGCCCUAGCUAUUAUAAAGGGUGGUCUAGUAACUACAGAUGUUUUUGCUGUUGAGUGGAUUCAGACUGGGGUUAUUCACUAUGGAAUGACUGUCAACUAUUAUGGUUUUAUUAGUGAUGUUUUGGAACUUUCUGAGAAAUAUCAGAAGCGCUAUGGUCCUCUACGGUAUUUUGUUGCUGGAUUCCUCAAGUUUUUGUGCUUACCAAAGUACAGUUAUGAAGUGGAAUAUCUUCCAGCAUCGAAAGAUGAGCAAGAAGGAAAUCAUGAAAUUGUUGACAUCGCAGAACUCUACACUGAUGUUAUGACAAAAUCAAACACCGAAGGCAUUCCAAGAGCAUCUAGUUUAUCAAGUAUUGACUCAAUAAUGACCCCAAGUCGAAUGUCGGGGGGAGAUUUUGAAACAUGCAGUAGUACUUAUGCAAGCACCGAACCUUCUGAGUAUGUGCGUGGCCUAGAUCCAAAAUCUAAACGCCUAUCAUCUGGGAGGAGCAACGUGACAGCAGAACCAGAAGUUAUUCACCCUCAGUUGCCACUUUCAACAACUCCAAAUUGGCCCCGGACCAGGUCAAAGUCAAGGACUGAUAAAGGGUGGACUGGAUUGACUUCCACCCAUGAUUCCUCUAGAUGUUCUUGGGGAAAUGCUGCAACAAAUGAUAGAGAGGAUAUAUCUUCAACCUUGUCUGAUCCAGGUCCAAUUUGGGAUACUGAACCAAAAUGGGAUAGUGAGCCUAACUGGGAUGUGGAAAACCCAAUUGAAUUGCCUGGUCCACCAGGGGAUGCAGAAGCAGGAGCAAAAAAGGAAAUUGCACCAAGGAAUGAAGAGAAGUGGGUUGUCAAAAAGGGACAAUUUCUUGGCAUCAUGGUCUGCAACCAUGCAUGUAGAACAGUUCAGAGUGCUCAGGUAGUGGCUCCAAAGGCAGAACAUGAUGACUACACGAUGGAUAUGAUCUUUGUUCAUGGAAAUGGGCGACUGAGGCUGUUGAGAUUUUUCUUACUGUUGCAGAUUGGUCGACAUCUUUCUCUGCCAUAUGCUGAAUAUGUGAAGGUUAAGUCUGUGAAGAUUAAACCUGGAAAGCACACCCACAAUGGUUGUGGAAUUGAUGGUGAGCUUUUUCCACUGAAUGGGCAAGUAAUCUCUUAUUUGCUUCCAGAGCAGUGCAGACUUAUUGGUCGCUCUCCUAGUCAUCAUGUAUAACAACCAUGAACAACUUUUUUUUUUUUGUUGUCUUUUGGAAUUCUUUGAAGGGUUCUGGGGGAAAUCGGUUUCUGUUCCUUUUUUUGAGUUUUGGUCGUGCAAAUAUGAAGAGCUACUAAACCAAUCAGAAACUACUCUCUUCCAUUUUCAUUGCUUCUUUUUCAGCCCCCACUGUUGCGCCAUUGCACAUCUGAACCCCCUGUAAAUUUUUGUUCAGUAACGUGUAUUUUGUUGCUUGUUUAUUUGUUGAUUUUCUCUCUCUUUUGCAGAAUUAACUACUUUUUUUUUCUUUCUCCUAAGUCCUAAUGUGUAGUGUACACUUCUUCUCUGUUUGUUGCUGUUGAAGGCUUCCAAUGUAUUUGAAAAUUCUAGCUAAUUUGAUAUUCAGUGUGUGUCUCUCUUUCCUUCUCA